AUGGCCCAACGCCGCCCCCGUCCGCGACAGCAUCAACGACAGACAAUACUGAAACAGCCAGCAGCACGGCGACAAGAUAUCCGCGCCAAAGUCCUGAUCUGGCUUGCCAGCAGUGUAGAAUACGCAAGUUGGGAUGUGACCGCAAACAGCCUUGUGGGUGAGGACAUAGCUACCCUUGAGCGGCGCCUGGCGAGAAGCGGCGUAAAUGGUUCGCCUGAAAGAAGCAACAACCUAAAAAGGAAACCCGGAGCUUCUUCAGGCUCGUAUUCUGGUGAAGCCAGUCUUUGUAGCCCUCAGGGCAACCUCUCUGGCGAUACAGAGUUCUUCACUUCUCUCCCCGAUGUGGCUUUGCCCAGCCAGGCUCGUUCCGAUAUCCCAAUUCAGCCGUCCGCAUCGGUAGAUUUCACCGCACUGCCUAUCAUUGCCGAGGAUACCUUCAACUAUGCCGGCGUAUUUCCGACUAUGCAGGGGCCGUCGCACCAGGCCUUCAGGGAAAUAGAGCCGUUGAUGAGGGCUGAUCUCGAUCAACUAUACUUUGACCGGGCGCACGCGUUUACGCCUUUCUUGCAACAAUCACAAUACAUUCGUAUCUCGAGAGAGACCAACCAGAAGCCAACGUCAAAUGCUGAUUCGGGUUCAGAAGGAACAAACUGUCCACAUGCAUGUUUACAAUAUGCAAUGUGGGCAAUUGCCGCUUCACUUUCUUCGCAUUUCCAUCACAUGCGCGAAACCCUGUAUCGUGAAGCGCUCGAACGGCUCAAGGCUCUUGACUCUUUAGAUAAUCCAGUCGAGAAAGAAGACUGCCUCUUGAGGCAGGCACAGGCAUGGAUUCUCAUUGCAAUCUACGAGCUGAUGCAGGUCGGUUUCCGCCGUGCUUGGGUGAGUACCGGGCGAGCUAUACGCUUGGUACAGCUUAUGCGCCUGAGCAGUGUUGAUGCAAGCUGGGAAAAGACCUCAGGACUUAGCGAAGAUCCGGGCUCGUUUGUUGAGACAGAGGAAAAGAGGAGAACCUUCUGGAUGGCAUUGUGUCUUGACACUAUCAUUUGCGUGGUACAUGACCUGCUUCCGACUUUGGCCGAAUCAGAGAGCACGGUCAUCUCGUCGCCGGCUGUGAGGACCGAGCUCUAG